AUGUGUAAAAUUUUCAAGAGUAGGGAAGAAAAGUACGCGUGCUUGAACCCGAAUUGCAAGAGCGUGUUUAAUGACAAGAGCAAUCGCAAUAGACACUUUAAGCACCAGUGCGGUAAGCCUCCGAGGUACAAGUGCGGUUACUGCGACCAGCAGUCCCAUUUCAAGACCAACAUUAAAGAACACUGCAAGCGGAGGCACCCAAACUUCGAUAUCACAUUCUCGAGCCUGUGGCUUGCCGGGAAUUUUAUGGAAUCGAGCAUCCAGAUCGGACCUCCGCAGUACGCCUGCCCGAACCCGAAUUGCAACAGAGUUUUUAGCAAAAAAUACAAUCGCAAUGCUCACGUUAAUCUCUACUGCGGAAAACCUCCGAGGUUCAAGUGUCCUCACUGCGAUUACAAGUCCUUGCUCAAGAGAAAUAUCAAAGAUCACGCUUUUAGAAUGCACUCUGAUAUCGAUGCUAAAGUUAUCGAGCUUUAUAAUCCGGCAGAGAGCAAUAAAAGUGGGGGAGAGACUCAAAAAGUAGUGAGUUUUUUUUUUUGA